AUGGUUUUUGUUUCGGUUUCGCUGAGCUCGAGAUGCAAUUGCCAAUCGGGGACACACUUUGAUAUCGACAACAAAAAAAAGGGAAAAAGCAGGCCAGCCGUAGCAAUCAAAGCUGAAAUAGCUGUGCACACACUGAAAUAUUCUGUUCUAGCGCAUGACAUUCGGAAAUCAGAAAUGGCACCAGUUCACAAAAGAAUAAUUGCACCGAAAGCUGAUCCUGUGGUAUCCUCCGAGGAUGUGUACUGCGUUUGUCGCGAGAGCCACAGCAAUGGAUUUAUGAUAUGCUGCGACAAUUGCAACGAGUGGUUCCAUGGAGACUGCAUUGGAUUGCCCGCAGAUAUUGGGGAACAGCACGACACCUUCUACUGCAGCGAAUGUUGCGGCCAAAAUCCCCUACUGAAGUCCACCUAUAAGGCGAACCCACCCAGCACAGCCAAGGUGAAGAGGGACGCGGAUUCCAUUCCAAAAACUCCAAAAAAAGCCAGGAUUAUCAAUUCAGCCGGUGUCAAGCAGCGACCACGCAGGAAAUCCACGUUUUUCCAGGACCCAGAGGAAGUUGCCAUUCCAAAAACUCCUGCUCCAAAGAAUCCAAUGCGGCGCAGACAAUCCAUGAGGAUAGAGGCCCAGGAAGCAGCCAAGAUCCUUAAAUGUUUGGCGGAAGAUGUUGAAGAAUCUCCCGAACAGCCAACAGCAGCAGAUAAAAAGGUGGUUCAAAAACCAAAAAGAACUGCGAAGAACAAGGAUCCAAAGCCAGUGGAUGAACACGUAGAGGAUGAUCCAAAACCAGCUGAAAAAGCCAAAAAGUUAGAUCCGAAACCACUGGAAAAGACCUACGAAUCAAAGGGAAUUCAAUGCGACUUGUUCAGGGAGUUGGCGCAGCAAGUUCCCACGCCAUCCGAUAACUCCGCGAAGAAGAGGGGCACGUGCUUCACAGCCUUUUGCAACCAAAUCGCACGACCCGAUUCGAGAUACUGUUGCGAUGAGUGUGGCAACUUCACCGCACUCACAAACGCAUUCGCUUUGCGCCUUUUGCCCAGUAUGCCAGCUGGCAAAGUGGCCAUGGCACCCGUUGGUUCUAUGGUUCCAGACAAAAGUCAGCUAUCAGACAGUGACAAUGACUCUACAAAUAAUCACAAGUCAAACAAAAAUGCACAGCCUACUGUGCCAGAAGUGAAAGACGAAGCGAAGGCUAGAAAGUCAAGGGUGGAAAGAAGGAAGUCGAGAUAUCGUAGUCCUAGCAAUAGUUUGGUGAAAAGCCCAGAUGGUCGCCAAACACCAGCUAAAAAACCGAAGCUACAAGAAGAACUUUCCUCAUCAAGGGCUAGAAGCUCACGGAAGACAGUUGCAGAAACUCGAGACAUCACACAACCGGAGUCGGAGUCACAAGAAAACUCUAAGCAAAAGACGUCCAAGGAAUCAUGCACUAGUUCCAAGCAAGAACACUCUAAGCAUAAGACAUCCAAGGAACCAACGACUAGUUCCAAGCGAACUUAUUCUAAGACUCCUUGCGGGUCACCAAAGUCUUCCAGAACUUCUAAGAAUGUAUCCAAAACAGUGCCCAACAGUCCUGUCCUUCAGAAGAAAACUUCUAAACAAAAACUUCCCACUAACUCCACACAAAGCCAAAAAAAAGAGGGCAAAACACGAAAGGUAUCUCUGGAUGGUGCACCACCUUCAGAACCAAAAACGCCUCAAGUUAGUCAUACGGCAAGUUCGGAGUCUACCUCCAGAAAUAAGAGAACCGUGCCAGCGACAUCCAACCAAAGAAAAAGAAAACAAUCAUUUAGCGAGGCGAUUAACUACGAUGCAACACUUGAGAAUAGCGAGAAAAUCAAGACAAUAGGCUGCAUAGUGUCCAAUAUGUUGCCCAAAGAGAUGGCUUUGUUGGCCAGGAGGAGGAUGAUGCUCAAGUUGAGCUCGGAACAGCAGCCACAACAGCCAUCAUGUGACUUACAACAGGGAAAACGUAAGGGACGUUCGGUUAAGACAUUAAAUACUUGAAAUCCUAACCACUAUGU